GCACAAAAGCACUUGGCGCAAUAGAAUCACCACCUUCGCUGUUGUUCAUUUUGAAAAUCGAGUCAGAGAUCACUUGGUGAUCUGGAGCCAUCGGUUGGCGAGAGCGAAGUGAUCUCGCACAAAACGGCAGCGCAAUGGGACCCCCUUCAAAAAAGCGGCGCUUGAGCCCGCCGCAGUCCGACGACAAUGUUUCGAGCGCGAAGGCGCAGAAUGCGUUCUUCAAGAACGCUGCCAGCUGGAACCUGGAGCAGGACUAUGAGUCACGACCCAGGAAAGGAAAGAAGAAGGAGAAGGAGAACAACAAGCUUCCCAUCAAGACGCCAGACGGUCGUUUGGCACAGGCGCCCGUGAGCCACGAGCCUGCGCCCAUCGAGAGCGACGAUGAAUGGCUAGACGGGAACGAGAGCGACGGCGCAGCUUCCGAGGUUUUCGACGAAGAACCCCCGGCCGAGCCCACGAUGUCAGAGCGGGAACAGAUCAUUCAGGCGAAGGAAGAGCUGGCCAAGAUUGGUGCACACCUGAGCGAGAACCCGGAGGAGUAUCCUGGAGCUUUCAAGCAACUGGGCAAGAUCGGAGAGUCGAAGAUCCCUGCGAUCCGCAAGCUGUGCAUAGUGACGCAGCUGGCAAUAUACAAAGACGUGAUCCCAGGUUAUCGGAUACGACCGGGCACAGAGGAUGCCCCCGGAGCGAAGUUGUCCAAGGAAGUCAGGAGUUUGCGGACAUACGAGCAUGCCCUAGUGACUGGUUACCAAGGAUAUUUGAAAAGGUUGACCGAGUAUGCAAAGCUUAAGGGGUCUGCAGACAACACGAGCCUGGCGAAGGUCGCCAUCACUUGCGCCUGCACAUUGGUCACAUCAGUACCUCACUUCAACUUUCGAACGGAGCUCUUGAAGAUCUUGGUCGGGAAAUUGAGCGCUCGAAAGGUCGACGAGUCUUUUUUGAAAUGCCUGAAAGCUCUCGAGGCCCUUUUCCAGGAAGACGAGGAGGGAAGACCGUCCAUGGAAGCGGUAUCCCUUCUUACAAAGAUGAUGAAGGCGCGAAAGUACAUCGUGAAUGAGAGUGUGCUCAACUUGUUCCUGUCGUUGAGACUGCUCUCCGAGUUCUCCGGGAAGGCCUCGAAAGACGAGGUAGACACUGGAAACGACGGCAAGAAAACUCCCAAGAAGAAGUGGGAGCACCGUACGAAGCGUGAACGAAAGGCUAUCAAGGAAGAGAAGGCUCUGUCGAAAGUGAUGGCGCAGGCAGAUGCUCUGGUCAGCCACGAAGAGCGGGAUCACAUGCAAUCGGAAACCCUCAAGCUUGUCUUCGCUACCUACUUCCGGAUCCUCAAGCAGAGACAGCCGCAACUCAUGGGAGCCGUGCUGGAGGGAUUGGCCAAAUAUUCCCACUUGAUCAACCAAGAUUUCUUCGGCGACCUGCUCGAGGCCAUGAAGGACCUCAUUCGGCACAGCGAUGAAGAUGCUGAGGCCAAAGAUGAAGAUGAGAGGGACGAGGAGGAAGAUGUGCAUGUACGGAACACCAGCCGCGAGGCGCUGCUCUGCACAGUGACGGCUUUUACCCUCCUGGCCGGUCAGGAUGCACACAAUGCCCGCGCAGAUUUGCACCUCGACCUAUCCUACUUCUCGACGCACCUCUUCCAAAGUCUUUUCCCCUUGUCGAUAGAUGCGGACCUGGAACUGGGAGCCGGGGCAAUGCAUCUACCGGACCCAGACACCCGCCAGGCUCCCAAGCUCAACAAAGUCAACCUGCAAACCACGACGGUGCUGUUGAUCAGGUGUCUGACAGCAGUUCUUCUGCCGCCUUGGAACAUCCGCUCAGUCCCUCCACUGCGCAUCGCAGCAUUCGCAAAGCAGCUGAUGACCAUCGCUCUGCAGAUGCCAGAGAAGUCGUGCCAGGCCGUUCUCGCCUUGUUGAACGACGUGACAUAUACACACGGCAAGAAGAUUGGAGCUAUAUGGAACACGGAGGAGAGGAAAGGCGAUGGGACGUACAACCCGCUCAGUGAAUCUGUCGAGGGCAGCAACCCGUUCGCAGCUACGGUCUGGGAGGGAGAGCUACUGAGGAGACACUACUGUCCCAAAGUCCGCGAGGGACAAAAGCUGUUGGAGAAAAGCUUGAGGACUCUAUGAGAUAGCGAGGUGUAUCACCAACCCACUGAAACCAUGGAUCACAAGGCAAAUCGCCAACAUCAACUGACUCUUGCCAAUCUCUCAAAUGCGAGCCGCAAAGUCCCGGGGCGACAGAGCGCCUCCGUGUGUGCAUUGUUCCGGAAGGCGAAAAAUAGCAAACUGACUCGAGUUGACACACAGUACGCCAGCGUCCGGGAAACCUCAUGCGCGCCUGCCUCGCCUCCGCGAGGAGUUCAACCGAAUGACUCCCGCCCUUGCGCGCUCGGCCUACCAACAGGCCAAGUUGGACGAGGGCUGCGCGCCCCCGUCGCUGUCCCCGUCCCACGGCUACACGGACGCGUGCCCCCCACGACAGCACAGUCGCACAUACACCUGCACCACACAGAGCACAUUCCCACUUCCCGGCGACGCCCGCGAUGGGCCGUUCCAGGCCGUUCAUGUCCAGUUUCCCCGGCAGACCCUAACCUAGGUCGUGAGUGCCUGACUCUCCGCGCGCGCCGCCGCCAAGGAACGCCUCCGCCCCGGUCACAUCACGACGCUACUGCUCGUCACUCUCUCGUACGUAGUCAGGGCAGCCACGAUCGGUUCAUUGCAUCGUGCUGUGGGGUGCGCUAUGUCUACGGGGGAAGAGGGACAAGACGGAGCCGGGCGCGGGUCGGGUUUGCAAUGGCCCCCCUGUGAUACUCGUCCCCAUCCGAGCUCUCGGAGAUUUGGCGACGUGUUAGCAGAAGGACGGGCGCGCCCGAGAGAGGCUUGUGAGCAAAGGCUCCAGAAGGUGGGUUUAGCACAGUGGGGUGCCCUUGCCUGAUAGACGACAAAUUUCCGAGGCUAGCCUGACGACACUUUUAUUACUCUGCAGUGGUGUUUCGCUACCAGACAAAAUCGGACUGCAAGUUCAAGUCAUGUAUAUGUGUACCUUGGGAUGCACGUACAUCGCACGCUGUUCGUGCACCCGGGUAGCGCUGCUCGUCAAUGCAGGUACGUGGUCGCCUCGACAUUAGUUCCAUGCUGGUCUCGCUAGUAUAGCCCCGACGUCAAAGUGGUCGGUGCCAGGCCCGGCGAGGCUCGCAGAGUGCAGUGCUGAGAAAAACGGGCGGGCUAGCGGGUGUUCAGGUUCAGGUUGUGUCCUGUGCACGCCAGCCCGCGCGAGCGAGAGUCGGUGUUGAGACAGGGCGGCGCCAGGAGUGUAGAGAUUCUAGGAUGCUUUUCUAGAACGAGAUAUGGCAAGAUUGAGUUGCGCUUCAUCCCGAAUGUCUGGGAGCUUUUUGCAUGCGCGCUUGGACGCAACGAUCCGAUUCUCAGCCCCCAGAGCCGGCGGCUGUUUGAGGACGAGGAGGGAUAGUAUCUGGCCGGCCGGCCAGCCGUUCUGUCGCCGAAGGACCUGUCUGCGCUUGUUCGCACUGCGGCCUGCGUCUGUUUCGCACGUAUCAGGACACGAUCUCGGGGCAGCGUCGCUGCUCAACGGCUCUGCUCAUAGUUGCGGGCUUCAGACAGCCUGGACAAGCAUUUCCAGUGGGAACAACACGUGGUUCGCCCUCACUCAACUGACGACGAACAGACGUUGGCUAGUGGACGACCCAUGUCUCACCAGAUGUUGUCGAUUCCUAUGUCAGGAGAGCACGGGCCUGCUGGUAUUUGAAUUUUCCGCCUGGCUGCAGUUGGCGAAUGGUCCGUGGUCAGGCACGAGGACAGCGAACAGGCACACUGUAAAAUGACAAUAAUUUCAGCAAGCGCUAAGAGAUGCCCAUAGACCCAUGUUCAUCCCCCCAGCUUGAAGGUAUUCUGUAAGCCACUGGCGCGUAGGGCUGAGCCGCCUUCUGCAGCACGCUCGUU